AACUAAAUGGACGGUAAAUAACGAGAUAAACGACUCUAGAAAUCGUCACGAUUCAUAAUCCAUCAGCAUAAUGUUAUCGAUCUCACAACUCAACGAUUGUUUAUUUACACGACAUCAUCUUAAAACACUCAAUCCCAUAGAAUACAAUUAUAUACUGAUUGUUCGAUCUCUUCAAUUUAUUCCGCAGAGGACACAACGGAUACGAAAUCCAUCGGUUUCGUCUUGAUAAAGUAAACUCUAUCAUGGGUUUCGAAUUCAAAAUGUAUAGUUUUACGUUAUCAAUACGCAUGGCUGCUCCUGAUAUCAGGAGAUAACAAAAAUUCAAAAGUAGACCAACAUUCUCCUGAAAUUAUUAAGACUUCUGAAAAAUUGCUUUCUGGAAACUUAAAAUUUCGUAACCAUUUAUAGAUGGUUCACCAUUAGUCGAAGUGACGGACACAGUGUUUUUGUUCCGGUUUCCCCUUCAACCCGUCUUUAGGCUUCACUUCAAUAAUGAAGUAUUUUCAAUAUUUACUUUGGUUUGCUCACGAGCAUGUGCCUUUUCGUUUAAUCGAGAUUGAAUCUAUUGCUUCUGCACUGAAAAUACCAAUUAAAUGGCUUGAACCUCCAUCUGAUAAACCAUGGUAUCUUGUUGAGCUGCCUUCAGAAGAAGCUGUACAAAAAUUAUCCUCUCGUUCAGUUACUAUGAGGCGUGCUAUACAAUUGUGGGCUGAUGAACUAACUGUACCAAAACUUCAUGCUACUUUAAAAGAAAAGUGUUUAAAUGGUAUACUUGAACCAUACAAGUCAAAAUCAUUUAAAGUAGAUGUAGAUUUAUUUUGCAAUUCACAAACACAAGAAGAAAAACUUGAACGAAUAGAAUCUUUUAGUUAUAUGCCAUUUCAAGGGCAUGUAAAUCUCAAAAAUCCAGAUGUAAUAUUUCAAUUUAUUGAGUAUUAUGGUUUAGACCCUAAUACUGCGCCUGAAUAUCCAACACGCGCAUUUUUUGGCCGAGUAGUGGCAGAAAGUGGACGUACAUUAAUACAUGAGCUGUCAUUAAAAAAACGCACAUUUAUUGGUAAUACUAGUAUGGAUCCACAGCUCUCUCUAUUGAUGGCAAAUUUAGGAAAAGUUUCAAAUGGAGAUUUAGUAUUAGAUCCAUUUGUUGGAAGUGGUUCACUAUUAGUGGCUGCAGCAAAAUUUGGCGGAUAUGUAAUAGGAACAGAUAUUGAUUACUUAAUGCUUCAUGGACGUACAAGACCUACUAGAAAACAAACAAGACAUAUAGCAAGAAAAGAUGAAAGUAUUGAAGCCAAUAUGAUACAAUAUUCAUGUGUUGAUAAAUAUAUUGAUGUAAUUGUUGCUGAUUCAGCAUUACCUUUUUGGCAUAAUGACGUAGAAUUUGACUGUAUUUUAGCAGACCCUCCUUAUGGUAUUAGAGAACCUACUGAACGAAUAGGUUCAAAAGAAUCAUUACCUAUAGUUAAGAAAGAAGGAUCACCUGUACAUUUUCCAUCCAAAGUAGAAUAUGGAUUAAAUGAGAUAAUCAAAGAUCUGAUGAGAUUUUCUUCCAAGCACUUAAAAUUAAAAGGAAGAUUGUUGUUUUGGGUACCAGUCUUUAGAGAAGAUUAUGAAGAAACACAUAUGCCAAGACAUAGUUGUUUUAAAUUAAUUGGAAACUGUGAACAAGUUUUAACUACAUUCACUGCAAGGCGGCUUUUGGUUUUUGAAAAAAUUAAAAUUCCUCAAGAUUCUGACGAAUGUAGUUGUACAAUUCCAAGUUCUAGCACUUUUAGAGAAAAAUAUUUCACUCAUGGUAAUGAAAAUCGUCUUACAAGAAAGCAAAAAAAAGCUAUAGCUGCUAAAAAUAAAGAAAUAUGAUCAACCUGGUCUACAGGAUCUAUAUUGUGAAUAUCUGAAUCUGCACAUACACAUUGGGCAACAUUUUCUGCAUUACAUAUCAAGUAUA